AUGGCACAGGCGCAACAGCCCCAGGGCCUUCACUCGUUGAGCACGAUUAUGAGUCGCAGAGCUGGGCCGCUCGGAUCAUCUGGGUGGUCCCAAUCCAUCGCUAGCCAUCGUACUUGCGAGCUCUUAGCUAACGUGCAGCUGUCACCUCGCGCCUCGAGGACGUCGCUGUCUCGCAGCAGUCGCUCGGCCCUUCAGCCUCGCUCCGUUCCCCGACCGGAUCUCAGCACGACUCUCUCGCCGGCAUUGUGGCUCCGGGCGCCGCUGCGGCGGAGCGCCGCCGUACGAGAAGCGGUUGAACACCCAGUCCUUCGGCAGGUCGGGAGACUGCAGCACACUCUGCACGACGGCCGGUACGCCACCGAGGAACUGGACGUUGUUGGCCACAAUAAGCUUAACGGCCUCCGGCACGCUCCAGCGGCGCAUGAAGACGGACUUGAUGCCCGAGGCGUACUGCGCGAUGAAGCCGCCGCACAGCGCCGUAACGUGGAACAGGGGCGUAGCCAUCAGAUGACAUGGCUGUUGGGGCGGGGGCGUGUUCAUCAACUCCAUGACCUCAUCAAGACGCCGCCCGGUGCGAGAGCAGUACGCCCUUCGGCAUGCUCGUCGCGUCAAGCAGUGGCACACGACCGGCGUCGUCUGGAACCCCAGGGAUCGCCUGCUCCGGACUCGAUGCCCGCGCCGGGAGCUGCCCCGGCCGCGCCGCCUCCUCCCCCGCCGGCUCCCGCCGCCCCGACCCCGUCUAGCGGUGGCUCCGGCGGUGGCGGAGGUGGCCACGCCGCCCUCCUCGCGUCGCUGAACAAGGGCGGUGCGAUCACCUCCGGCCUGAAGAAGGUAGACCCCUCGCAGCAGAUGCACAAGAACCCCGAGCUGCGCGCAGCCGGAACGGUGCCCGAGCGCUCCGUGUCGCCGUCGAAGCGACAGGGCCCGCCCGUGAAGGCGAAGCCCGCUGGCUUCUCCCGUGCGCCCGCAGCUCCGGCGAAGAAGCCGCCCAAGCUCGAGCUCGAGGGCAACAAGUGGGCGGUCGACAACCAGGAGGACGCGCGCAAUCUCGAGAUCAAGGACACGGCGCUGCACCACACGGUGCACCUGUUCAACUGCAAGAACACCGUACUGCGCGUGCACGGCAAGAUCAACGCACUCACAAUGGUGAACUGCAUGAAGACGUCUGUCGUGCUCGAAUCCGUCGUUUCGUCUGUCAGUGUCACGAGCUCGCCCAGCUUCGAGGUCCAGAUCACGGGCAUGUGCCCCACGGUCCAGGUCGACACGACGGAUAGCGGCAACAUCUUCCUGAGCAAGGAGUGCAUGGACACGGUCGAGGUUGUCACGUCCAAGACGUCCGCGCUCAACAUCUCGAUUCCCGCCGGCGAGGACGGCGACUUUGUCGAGCGCCCCGUGCCCGAACAGAUGCGGAGCAGGGUCGUCGACGGAAAGCUCGUCACGGAGAUUGUCGAGCACGCCGAGAGCGUAAGCUUAGUCAAGCUCCGUCGAAAGCUGACUCCAGCACCUCUCAAGUUGGAACGAGCAGCCUCACAGUCAAGUGGGAAAGAGAGAAGGCCUGGCGGGACAAGGGAGCUUCAGGCGUUGCGCAAGCCCAUCGAACAUGAUAGCACGGAUUACGCAGACCCUCAGCAGCAGAAGACAGUGAGAUGCCAUGGUUUGGCUGACAGGGCGGGAUCGUCGGGGAUUGGCAAACUAAGGAGUUACCCGUUGGCCUUUGCAGCCGCGAACGACAACUCUUCUGGGGCUGGCCGACUAGGGCGCGAGAUUGUCGAUGGAGGAAACGGGGAAAGGCAUACUCGAGCGGAAAGCUUCUGCUAA